AUGCUCGGAUGUAAUCUCGUCUUGAUCUUCCCCCGCCUGCAUUUGGAUCUGGCAAUGAAGGCUUCCAGAUAUUCCUCUUCCCGUCAAAAGGCAUGCCAACAGUGUUCAAGCGCCAAAGCAAGAUGCGAUCGUCAACGUGGACGUUGUGCGAGGUGCGCGCAACGUGGUCUGCCCUGUGUGUACCCUCAGGCAGCAGGCACUGAAGGACCCGUCGACCCCGAGGUUGUCGAUGGCCGGUUACCCAGCCCAUUCUCGACGUCCGACGUCUCCUCGCUCAUCAGCUCCGAUGCCCCACUCCCGGCCAUGAAUAUGCAACAGGAUCUCAAUGCCGCAGGAGCCGAGCAGCUUACAGAGAGCAUUCCCAUCAAUCACCUGAGAGCGAAUCAGGCCAGCACGAGCAGCCUAGCUACUGGAAAAGAACGACCAGCUUUAUCUACGCGUGUACCUGAAGGGCUGGAUAGCCUCGACUUCUCAGCCCUUGAGCUGAUCUGUCCCAUCGACGACACUGCCAUAAGCAAUCGCUGGCUGAACGCUUAUAUUCCUAUUCCUGGGCAGGCCGUCAAAGAGUAUCCUGCCAACGUCACUGCUUUCAUUUAUCGAAUGUUAAAGUCUUAUGCCGCAAUGGCAGCCCACGGUCGCGGCAUUUUGCCAUAUGUUCAUCUUACCCAAAUGAGACCGCGACCGGCAGGGUCACCCCUUGCUUCUUGCUUGAGCCUGGUUAGAAUAUGCUCAAGCCCCCUGCCUGGCAGCGAAGCCACUGCAGCCAGCGUACUGCAACGAGAAAUGUCCAACGUUUACGAUCAACGUGAUGAGCUCGAUGACGAAAAUCAGCUAGCUGCAUUUCAAGCGUAUCUAAUCUACGCAAUGGUACUAUUCUUUCGACUCAGCGGAGCGUACAACGACGUCUUCCGCGGAACAAUGAUAAACCUCCAAAGCCUUGCCCGCUCUUCAGCUCGGCGUGGGCUUGUAUGUGCGGCUGAUCAACGACGGGUGCGACCCAGAUGGGAAGAAUGGAUCGUUACUGAGACCAAACGACGAGCCGUCUAUGUCAUGUAUCUUCUCGAUAGCAUCCUCUCAACACAAGAGGGCCUUCCCACCUUUCUCGGUACCGAACUUCGUGGACUGCCUGCACCAGCUAAUAAGCUAUUAUGGCAAGCACAAAGUCGCUGUGAAUGGGAACGCGAGUAUAACGUCUACAUGGCGGAAUGGGCGGAAGGAGGCCUUACCAUCGACGAACUUUGGCCUAUACCUACUGAAUCAGACGAGACAUAUACUACCAGAAGGCGAGCUAGGGUGGAUCAAUGGCUCGAAAAUGUCGACGAAUUCGGAACUAUGCUUUACGCGAUCAUGAGCUGCACGCACGGUGGCUGA